AUGCAGGGCACCGCUGCCACCACCCCCGCAACAGACAUCCCACCCGUCCACGCAGUAAACGUCGCACCUAGAUGGAACGAGUCUAGAACCAUGGUUUGGAGGCUAAGUGCUACCUUCUGGUGUGCUUUGGUGAUGGGCGCUAAUGAUGCUGCCUAUGGAGCGAUAAUCUCUUAUCUUGAGCUGGAUUAUCGCAAAAGCUACACUAUCAUCUCCCUGGUAUUCCUUUCCCCUUUCGCUGGAUACACGAUUUCCGCCGUCUUGAGCCACUUGGUCCAUCAGCGACUCGGCCGGAGAGGCGUCGCCAUCUUGGGGGCAGGGUGUCACCUGCUUCCAUUUAUCGUCAUAGCCAUCCACCCACCCUUUCCGGUUCUGGUCAUUAUGUACAUGCUCAUCGGCCUGGGAAGUGGCAUUCAGAGCGCGGCGUGGAAUGUCUGGAUUGGCAACAUGGCUAACUCCCAUGAAGUCCUCGGAUUCUUCCAUGGAUUUUACGGCCUAGGGGCGACGACAAGUCCCCUAGUUGCUACAAGUCUGAUCACCAAGGCAGGUUGGAGUUGGUACUCCUUCUACUACCUGAUGGCCGGAGCAGCCGCCAUCGACCUCAUUUACUCAACCGCCGCCUUCUGGCCUGAAACCGGCACCAAAUACCGGCACGACAACCCCAGCAGCACCUCCGCGACAAGCGGCUCCCUCCACCAGACCCGCCUCUCGCUCACCUACCGCGUGACUUGGAUCUGCGCCAUCUUUCUAUUCUUGUACGGCGGCAUCGAAGUGACCAUCGGCGGCUGGAUCGUCGUCUUCAUGACAAGCGUCCGCCACGGCAGCGCGUUCGCUUCGGGAAUGACCGAAACCGGCUUCUGGCUGGGCAUUACCGUUGGUCGUUUCGUCCUGGGAUUCGUCUCGCCCCGGGUGGGUGAGAAGCUGUCGAUCGCGGGCUACAUCGUGGUGGCUAUCGUGCUCGAGCUGAUCUUCUGGCUCGUGCCGCAGUUCAUCGUGUCCGCACUGGCGGUCGCCCUCGUGGGCUUUUUUCUGGGGACGAUCUUCCCCGGGGUGGUUGCGCUGUCGACGCGGCUCCUGCCGAAGAGCCUUCAUGUCGCGGCCAUUGGGUUCGCCGCUGCGUUCUCGAUGGGCGGAGGGGCGGUGUUUCCGUUCAUGAUCGGGGCGGUUGCGCAGGCGAAGGGGGUCACGGUCCUGCAGCCGAUGUUGUUGGCGAUGUUGACUGUCGCGCUGGGAAUCUGGGGCACGCUCUUCUGGGUGCCCAGGGCUGGGCUGCCGCAUGAGGUGUAG